GCCACUCCUGUUUUUUCCUAUAGCCCUGGUGGCUGGCAGCUAAGCUUGGAGCUUGUGCUUGUCCAUUCUCAAGGCCAUACAUGAGGAGCUUGGAGCUUCCAACAUCUCCUUCCCUUCCUCUCCAACCUCUCACACAUGCUAAUUGCUAUUGCUGCCGCUAUAUAGAUAGGCCAGGCAGCUAGCUAGGAGACAUCAGCUCAUCAUACUCGCAACACGAAGGCCACCACUGUUUCAGCUGCCUCCUGAGCUUGCUCUUCCUGACCCCAAUAGCCAUUCUUGAGAUCUGCUUCAUCACCAGCCACCAGGAGAGGAGAGCGCAAAGGGCAUCUACUCUGCAUUUCUUGAUCUGAUCCAAGUGAGAGCAACCUGACAAUACAAAAAUUUGACUGUGUGUGGAAGCUUCCUGAGGUUCCAAGGGGGAAUAAGGCAGGGGAUGAGUACAACCAAGGUGAAGAAACGUGUGGGGAAGUAUGAGCUUGGUCGAAUCAUAGGCGAAGGCACAUUUGCAAAGGUCAGGUUUGCGAAGGACACUGAAACCGGCGAACCGGUAGCCAUCAAAAUCCUGGAUAAAGAGAAGGUUCUCAAGCAUAAGAUGGUUGAGCAGAUUAAGCGAGAAAUUUCGACGAUGAAGUUGAUUAAGCAUCCUAAUGUUGUCCGCAUAUAUGAGGUGAUGGGAAGUAAAACAAAGAUCUACAUUGUGUUGGAGUAUGCAACCGGCGGCGAACUCUUUGACACAAUUGUUAACCAUGGCCGAAUGAGGGAAGAUGAGGCAAGGAGAUACUUCCAACAAUUAAUCAACACAGUUGAUUAUUGUCAUAGCAGGGGUGUGUACCACCGGGAUCUAAAACCAGAAAAUUUACUUCUUGAUUCAUACGGAAAUCUGAAGGUCUCUGACUUUGGGCUAAGCGCACUAUCUCAGCAAAUCAAGGAUGAUGGAUUGCUGCACACAACUUGUGGGACUCCAAACUAUGUUGCACCAGAGGUCCUUGAAGAUCAAGGCUAUGAUGGUGCAAUGGCUGAUUUGUGGUCAUGUGGAGUUAUCCUGUUUGUUCUGCUAGCAGGGUAUUUGCCUUUUGAGGACUCUAAUCUUAUGACGUUGUAUAAGAAAAUAUCAAAUGCAGAAUUUACAUUUCCACCUUGGACGUCUUUUCCUGCCAAGAGGUUGUUAACAAGAAUCCUUGAUCCAAAUCCAAUGACGAGAAUAACAAUCCCAGAAAUACUAGAGGAUGAGUGGUUCAAAAAGGGCUACAAGCGCCCGGAGUUUGACGAAAAAUAUGACACAACAUUGGAUGAUGUGGAUGCUGUCUUCAAUGAUUCAGAAGAGCACCAUGUGACAGAAAAGAAAGAAGAAGAACCAGUAGCUCUGAACGCGUUUGAACUGAUUUCAAUGUCAGCAGGCCUAAAUCUUGGAAACUUAUUUGACUCAGAGCAGGAAUUCAAAAGAGAAACAAGGUUCACAUCAAAGUGUCCACCCAAAGAAAUUGUCCGCAAGAUUGAGGAAGCUGCAAAACCUCUAGGAUUUGAUGUUCAGAAGAAAAAUUACAAGUUGAGGCUCGAAAAGGUAAAAGCAGGGAGGAAGGGCAACCUCAAUGUUGCUACUGAGAUACUGCAAGUUGCACCCUCUCUUCAUAUGGUAGAAGUCCGAAAAGCAAAAGGUGACACUCUGGAAUUUCACAAGUUCUACAAGAACCUUUCCAAGACCUUGAAGGACGUUGUCUGGAAAUCCGACGAUCUGCAGAUGCAACCUGCUUCUUAGCAGAACCUCCGGAAAGGAAGGAUGGCAAACUUUUUGAGUCCCAUUCUUCCAACUUCCAAGUAUAUUCCAUUUUCAUAGUCUGGACCAGCGAAAUGUGCUCGAUCGUCCUCCACCAUUGUUGUAAAUUGCAUUUUGAGAGAUUGCAUUGCUUUCUGUAGUUGCAGCGAAGCUCAUUCAGUAGGUUUUGUGAGUAUGUGAGUUCUGUAAAUCCAUAUGCCUAUGAGUCAUGUUGAAACUUUACUAAAAAAAUCAUGUUGAAACAUUCUGAAUCUGCGAAAUGUCGCCAAGUAUGCUCUUGCUACCUUGCACCA